CUUGAAAUUUGAGAAUCUAAUUUUUUGCCUUGAAAUUUGAGAACCUGCAUGGCUACUUAGCAAUUCAAAUUUUGACAAAAUUAAUAUAGUGUGAUUGCGUUUUCACUUUUCACCAAGCCGAGACUCGUUGAAAGCACAUAACGGUGCUAUUUUUAAGGAUUUUCUUGAACGAAAACGCAAGAGCGUUGAACAGAAUUUGUCAAGAUGGUGAUGUCAAGAAAUACAGCUGUUGGGUCGUUAAUAUGUGGCGCUAUUAUGGUUUGUUUUGCUGUUGUUGCCGUCAUAUGUGGCGCAAUUUCAUUUCACAAGCUGUCCGACAAAGCUGCUACCUCGGCCGGGCUCUGGUCAAUCUAUGUAAGUUUUUAUUUAUUUUAAAAUAAACAAGGGUUGCAACUACCUGAAAAAUAUAUAUACAAAGCGAAAAUUCCGCGACGUUUCGAGCGAAGUGAUGUUAAUCAUGUUAUGGGGGCUGUUUAACUUCGACAGGAAGUUUGUUAUCUUAAGAGUUAAGUAUCUUGCUUUUCAUAUAGACUAGAGUCCAGUACUAGAGAUAUAUUGAAACUCUAUAUUUGAGAUAUAUCGACAUCUUCUACUCUGUUCACAGUAUCGUAUAUCUAUAUAUUGACACAAUUUAGUGUAUUUUUGCUGCCAUACGUUGUUUGUUUAUUAUUAAUUUUUCGUGUAAUGUACGUUCCUGGCGGGCAAAUACCGUUUAUCCAACGUUGAAUCAACGUCGGAUAUGAUCACCCAGGUCCACCCAGAAGUUGGAUAGACGUUGAAAAAAGAUUGAAAAUGUAAAUUGGAUCAACGUUACUCUUUUGACGUUGAUUAAUGCAACAUUGAGUUAGGUUGCCAAUCUCGUUAUUAACCAUAAUUCAACGUUGAAUCCACGUUGAAACAACGUUGAGUCAGUAUGGUUGAGAUUACUUCACAAGUUGAUGUCGUUUACUCAACCAUGAAUGAACGCUGAUUCAACGUUUGUUAUAGCUGCUGUUGAUACAACGUUUGUAAAACAACAUCAGAGCAACGUUGAUAAAUUAGGUUGUCGACGUCGCAACCUUUUUUCUACCAACUUCGACGUUGAAAGUUCAACAACGCCGUGUGCCCGGUGGGAUUAAUAAUAGUUGAUAUAUGCAAAACGAGGGGGAAAUAUAUACUCCUGUGGCCGGUUGUUCGUAGCCCGUUUAGGCUAAAUGGUGGAUAAGUCGAAAAUAUUGAUUAAGUUUAUGCAUUCAUCAAGUAACCAAACUAAAAUGUUUCAACUCAUUGAGUAGAACAAUUCUGUUUGCAACUAUAUAUUUAGUGCAUGAGAUUUAUAAGUUCGGUCAUUUAUAAAAUGUGUGAAUCUGUUAUUUAUUUUUGACUUAUCCGCCGUUUAAGCUAAACGGCCUUCGAACAACCCGCGGCCCUGCAAAAUGAUUGGUUGGCAAAGGAAUUUGCCCCGAAAACAUUGGGUGGGUACCUAUACUACUAGUCUUACCACUUGCGUACUUCUAACCAACGAGUUUUGCCUCGAUAAAAGUGUUUUUGUUUGUGAAAUUGUAUGAAUUUUUUUAUUAAAUAAAGUAUUAAAUAAAUAAUCGAUCAUUCACUGACUGACAUCACGCCAAAAAGAAAGCUAAUCCCUCUCUUUCUCUGCAAAUAAAUUGACACUCAUACACCUUUGAUAUAUUAGAACUGAAAGAUAAAUUAGUGCAACGCGUUAAUAAUUCAUGCAUGGGGAAAAGACGAAGAAAAUCUUUAUACCUCGUAUACACACCGUCUUUUUAAUAGUUUUUUAAAGUUAUGUAAUGAAGUAGCGUUUUUUAGUUCACGUUCUAGAUUGUUAAAGUCUAUAGACGCUUGAUACGUAAACAUAAAUUUUAGCUUUGAUUUUCUCGGAUAAGUAAAAAAUGCCCAUGGCUGCUUUAAAGCACAUUUGAACUUGAAUUUGCGCUCAAAGCAACACUCAUGACUGAUUUCUACGAAAACGAAGACAUGAUGCUAUUUUGCCUGCCCAGGUGUAUUUGCGUGUACAAUACUAUGUUUUACAUAAAUAUUUUUUCGAUCUAUAAACAACAUUAGGCGACUUAAAAAUGCCUUUUUGUGGUUGUAACUUUUCUUCAAACCUCGUUCUAAAAUACGUGAAAUAGCGUUCUAAUGAAUCUAGAAAUUCAAAAUUUUCCUCGCGCCUACGGCGCUCACAUUCGAAAUCCAUAAAAUACCCCCCCCCCCCCUCCGAAAGUUUAGACCACUGCAAAAGUUCUGAAAAACCACAGUUAAAACUGAACGUUUGUUUAAACUCUUGGAAUACUAUCCCCGUCUUACCGUCUAUGCGCUUUAAAUAGUUGGCUUACCAAACACAAAUACUACAAAAGUCGGUCACAGAACAUAGGACACCCCCCCCCCAAUUUUUUUUCGAAUGUGCGCCCCUGGUCCGUGCUUUAUCAGAUAUAAGGCACUCGACUGUCGCCUCGUGUUUUAUAUAGUACAAUAAAGCACUCCUACUUGUGUUUUAAAUAGUACAAAAUACGGUUUAGCUUUUGAAUAGCUGUAAAUAACUCUGUUGACUCAGGUUUUUUAAUUUUAUAUUUGUGUAUAGCGGCCGUUGAGGAAAGCAUCUUAGGUGACAUGGUUUAUAACGUCUUUAAAAAAAGUCGCUGCUUUUGACCCAAAAAGAGGGAAAAGCCUGAGAACAAGGUUGACCUUGACUAUCUGUUUAUUCUAGGUCUUUGUGCCAGGAAUUUUCAGUAUUGUGGCAGGAGCAAAAAAGAAUGGCAUUGUGGUAAGCUUUAAUAUACUUUUGUUGUGCCAAAGUGCUCUAGUUCUGCACCCCACCCCUAAAGAGGCUCUUUAUUACUGCUCGCAUGCUACACAGACUUGUUGCAAGGUUGUUCCAACAAGUCUGACAUAGUCAUGUUAUAACAAUAUUGUUACACUGAACCUUGUGUGAUCAAUCAACCUUGUAACAUUCUCGUUAUAUCAGACUUGACAGAACAACCUUGUAACAAGCCUGAUAAUGCCAUCAAGUUUGUUACUUUGUUACAAGUUGUUAACAGCUCGUUUCAAACUUGUUGCAACAACUGGGAACAAGCAGUGCGAACACAACUUGUCGACAGCUUGUGAACAGAUUUGUAACAACUUGUUUGCAGACCUGUAACAACUUGUGUGUGUAGUUUAUAGAAACAUACGGAUGCAGUAGAAUAGAACAAACGUAAAUAGGCAUUAGAAUUAUGUGUGACAGUUAUUUACUCGUGUAGAUGAUUCUAAAGCUUAGUUACGUUUGUUCUAUGUCUCGGUAAACUAGAGCAAUAUAUAGUAACUGGGUAUAAACUUAACAAAUAUAAUUGGGUAUAUAUACUAUAAACUUAACAAACGUUUGCCAAAUUUGUCUGUUAAACAUAAAAUGUGAACAACUGUUAAUUAAAUUCUUCAUUCUUUUAUUUUAUUCCAGAUGGGUUUCGCUUUGUUUUUCAACGUCGUUGCUGCGAUAAUUUCGGCUGUUGCUUCGAUAAUUUUGAUCGUAUUUAUUGCUACGUUGAAUGAAGUCCUGGAUGCCAAUAACUGCUAUAUGAGUUAUGGCAGUUGCGUCUGUAUAUCUCAUCAUUACACCGUAACUACUACCACAUGUAAGUAAUGCUGGCCCGGUUAUGCCGCAUACAGUUUAGUCUACAGCCGAGCAGGUUUUCCUUGAUAUACCAGGGACGUAUCGAAGUAUCUGAAGUUGGGGGGGGGGGGGUCGGAUUUUGAACUUCAAUGUUAAAAAUCUACCUGAAGUGUAAUAAUUAUACAAAACAAUAGAUACUCUAGCCUGCGAAUACAGACGCCUCACACCGAUGUGAGGCGUCUGUAUUCGCAGGCUAUAGAUACUCCGAAAAUUGAAAGCAUUUUGAAAAAUUUAUUUCGACGUUUCGACUAAGCUAUAGUCAUCAUCAGGAAAUGAAUGAUAUUCAUUUCCUGAUGAUUAUCAUUCAUAUUGAUUAUUAUUCAUAUUAUCAAUAUAUAUGAAUAUCAUUCAUUUCCUGAUGAUGACUAUAGCUUAGUCGAAACGUCGAAAUAAAUUUUUCAAAAUGCUUUCAAUUUUCGGAGUAUCUAUUGUUUUGUAUUUUAUCAAAAUACUCAGUGGUUCCCGUAAUUUGUGUAAUAAUUAUAGUAAAGCUUUUUUGGAUUGAUUUGCAUUGUCAUACUAAGUUUCGGAAGUAAAGGGGGGGGGGGGGAUCUGGGGGUUCUCCCCCAGAAAAUUUGAAGCUCUAGGACUGCGUUUCUGGCCGAGCAAAUUCGCAAACGAAUUGGAUGUAAAUUGACAGUAUUUUACAAAAAUGGUUAUCAUUUCACCGCUUUAUUACGCAAAUUUUAUCUGAAAAUGUCAAAAUUUUAACUUGACUUUUACCUGAUUUUUGCUGACUUUCACAGUUGGGAGGAGGGGGGUGUGUUCCCCCCCCCCCGGUUGCUAAGUUUCACAGCUAUCUUCCCUUCGAUAGGCUAUGACUUGAGUGACAUUCGUGAUUAUUUUUACGGCUUUUCAAGCGUAUUAAUUUCAAAAUUCUGAUUGAACACGAUUAGGAGAAUGUAUUUUCCAAAAGCGUAAAAAAGCCGACCAAUGCAAAUGUUUGCCACUUUGAUACACACACUCAAACUAUCUUUUCUUUCCCAAAUUUAUGCAGACAGAUAAUCUGUCACUUGUAUAAAACAAGCCAAUUUUUACUUUCGUGUAGGGAACGUGAAAUGCAGUGAACUUGGCGUACUUCAUUCACUCACGAGUGUGUUGCUUGCUGUGUAUCUUAUCCUGCUUGUCGUAUGCUUCACUGCAUCAAUCUUUGGCUGCAUCGGUACCUGCUGUGCUCCUCCUGUGAGUGUAACUUUAAUUUCAUAGUUGCUAUACAGGGUGUCUCAAAAAAACCCAAAAUCAUUGAAAUAACGUAUUGUUCGAAUUUCAAUGCCGUAACACAAAGGAUUUUGACAGGGUGAUUAAUUUGUUUUAAAAAUUAAAAUAUCUUUGUAAAGUGAACGUUUGUUUGCUCAUGGGAAUUUAAAAAUGCUUCGUAAAUUGUAAUAUGCGUAAUAUGCAUUCGUGGGUUUAGUACUUUAUGCCUGACAUAACAAGUUUACGCUGAGUAUUACCAUUCAUUAUAGCAGUUAUGUCAAUCUUUUAUGCACUCGUGGGAUUAACUUAGUGCUAGGGCAUUGAAUAUCGAACAAUACGUCAAUUUCAAUGAUUUUGGUUUUUUUUGAGACACCCUGUACAGUGUGUAUCAAAAUAAUUCGAAUCCAAAUUUGACAGACUGCUGUUUAUAAAAUACUAGCUAUUAGGUUUCCGAUUAUAUCGUUCUUAUAUCAAUAAGAUCAAAAAUGACCAAGAAAUCGUGUGUUAAAACUGGUUGCUCGAAAUCAAAUUUUUCCGCCGAUGGGAAUUCGAAGUGAGACGUACAAACAAAAGAUAAUGCAAAUUUAAUUAAUCAACAAACUGUUAUGUAGCAAAAUUUACAUAAAUUCGUGUUCAUUUGAAGAGAUUUAAGCUCCUAUGCCUUCAACAUGUUGAACGAGAAGAAAUUCGCGUUAAAUUUGCAAUUUAGUUUUCAGUGAUGAUUAGCAUUUCAAUCAAAGCCUUGUGGGACUAACUUUGAAAGAAAAAAUGUCCAAUUCCCAUCGGCGGAAAAUUGUGAUUUUUAUGGACUUUUUUUGUCAAAGCAAUACUCCUUCAUUUUCCAACUAAAUUACGCGUACAACAUGUCAUUUGAAAGGUAAAUAAAUGAACUUAACAAUGGUGUAAAAACCAACCGAAUUUGUCAAAUAUAUUCUGCGUUAUUACACGCCAAAUUUGGAUUCGAAUUAUUUUGAUACACACUGUAGUUGUGGGGGGCAGGAGGGGCAGCCGCCCCCCCCGUUGCCCUUUACCAGAAGGGGCAAGGGGGGCAAAGGUGCCCUUUCAAUUUAAAGGAUCGCCUUGGCGAAAUAGCGAAAUGAUAGAAAUGUUAGUGCAAUUCUUUUACGAAUUUGCUUCAGAAAACGCAAGAAAUGCAGUCGUCGAGCUUCAAGAAUAGCACAAUCGCCUGGCGGAGAACCCGCUCACACCCCUAUCAUCCAAUAAAUAGAAAACAUGAUUAGGCAAAGUUCAACUCCCGAUGUUUUGCAAACAUCUCUUAGUAUAUAUCAAUUCAAAAGUGCCCUUUCACGAAAAUCUGCCCCCCUUGCCUUCACAUCGUUCCGGCAUCCCUGAGUAAACGUUUGGAUAAAUGAAAAACAAAACAAAACAACGCAAAGGUUGGGUAAUAAAAAAAUGUUGUUAUUUCCAAAGCAUGACUCACUCAAAUAUUGAAAACUAAAAAGCAAUGUCAACAGUCAUAUGUCAAUACAAUAUGUAAAUCAAUCAGAGUCACUAUCUUCAUCAUUUUCCGAUUUGUCCGCAGAAGGCAAAUGGUGUUUCCCAAGAAAGCACGUAAUGUGCAGACAACAUGAAAUUUUAAGACUGCAGAAAAUUGCACAAGCAGUUACAGGGACGCCGGAACGAUAAUAGGGCAAAGGGGGGCGGACGCACACCAAGGGCACCUUUACUGAAAAUUUUUUUGGCGACAUCCCCCCCCCCCGUCGCCAAAAAAAUUUCGGUCAGUGUACCAUUUUAGGGGUCAAAAUUUUUUUCCCGACAUACAAAAAUUUUCCGUGAAGCCAAAAAUUUUUCCGGAUAUCUUAAAUUUUCGCCAUUUCUUCAAAAUAUUUUUCUAAAUUCCAAAAAUUUCCCAAAAUUUUUAUAAAUAUAAACUAUAAAUUACCUGAAUCUCGUGAUUUUCCUACAAAAAGCAUCGUUGGAAAUGUGAUUUAUCACGUAUUAUUUUACAACUAAAAGGGCACUUCUGCCCUCCCUGCCCCCCCUAGCAAAAGGCAAGGGGGGCAGCCGCCCCCCCUGCCCCCCCAGUUCCGGCGUCCCUGAGCAGUUAUCAAACUCAUGUCACAGAAGUGGUAAAGGACAUGUGUGACAAUUAAAAUGGUAUCCUUUUGUAAAGUUUUUGGCCAGGGAUGUGUAUUUAUUUUUUUAAUUGCUAUUUGAAGUUGGGUAAAGAUUUUUUUACUUUUUAAUGGCUGGAUAAGCAAAAUUUUUGCCCACCAUAAAUGAUGACUGAUCUAUAUCCCUAAGAAAACUCUAGAAUAUAGAUUCUCUGAAAUGGCAUUUCCUGCGUUCUGAGGAAGAUUUGGCUGUAUUAUUUAAUAGUUGUUACUUGUGUCACAGAUUAUAAUUAAGUGUCAAAAUAAAGUUCUUUAAACCCAGUAUCUCAAUCACGAAACAGAGGGGGGGAAAUUAAGUUCCCAUUAAUGGGUUUUGAAUGGUUUUUAAAGAUUUACCAUGUGUACUAUCAAUGUAAAAACUGAAGUCUUACCAUUACUGGUUAUUAUAGAUUUUCCAUGUGGUAAAUUAGUAAAAACCAUAAUAUUUACCAUUAAUGGUAUUUUCCUGUGCACAGGAAAAAAAUAAAGUACCAAUAAUGGUAAGAAUUCAGUUUUUACAUUCAAAAAUGAAUGGAAAGUUCAAUUUUUAUCCUGUAUUCCUGUGAAAACGAGACUUUUUAUACCCAAACGGUUGUGUUGCUUUAUUAUUCAAUUUGAAAUCAGACUGAUCUACUAUUUAUCACGUGAUCUUCUAGGAUCCAAUUGUGGUCGUUACAACCGGAGUUCCGUUUCAAGUCAGUCGCGGUGCGGUGAUUCUCUCCUCCAAUCGAUCCACAAUGAGUGCUGUUUACUCAGGUCAGGUCAUGCCUGCUGCCUAUGUCCAGCCCCCAGCCUAUGGUCAGGCCCAGCUGCCCCUUGCCUAUGGCGACAUCCAACCACCCGCAUACGAGACCAAGAGUGGUGAAAACAUGGCGGCUACUUGAAGCAGACCACAUUACUCUGCGACAGUCUGUUUUAUUGUUUACACUUAAUUUGUAGAAAUGUUAGGCUCUUCACGAAGCUAUAGGAGCAGGUUUUCUGAUUGCUUGUUUAUAAAAAUGAGACUCACUAAAACUAAAACUAAAACGAAACAUGAAGAUCUGCUAGGAAGGUGUGUGUGUGGGGAGCUAUCUUGUUCCCAUGUACUCUUGGUCAUGGAAAUGUUUCUUUUCCGGGAUCCCACAAAUAUUUCACCACGUUUCCAUGUUCGACAGGCUCGGGCCUUUUGUUCCCCAAGCUUACAUGUCCCUAUGUGUUCCUUUUUUGACUUUGUGUUCUUUUUUUUGAAGUUUAACGAGUCGCAAACACGUAUUGCUUAGGGACCGGUCAUUAUUUAUGGUGGGGGGUGGCACCGAAGAGAAAUGUUUUUCCUGGUAAAAAUUUUGCUGACCCAACCAUUAAAAAGCAAAAAAUUUGAUUACCCAACCUCAAAUAUCAAUUAAAAAAUAAAUACCCACCCCUGGCCAAAACCUUUACAAAAGAAUACCAUUCAGUUGUCACACAUGUCCUUUACCACUUCUGUGACACAAGUUUGAUAACUAAACUUUCCGGUUGUAUGUACAUGUACUUUCUUUGGAGACACCAUUUGUCUCCCAACAAAUCGGAAAAUGAUCAAGAUAGUGACUCUGAUUGAUUCACAUAUUGUAUUGACAUAUGACUGUUGACAUUGCUUUUCAAUUUCCAAUAUUUAAGUGAGUCAUGCUUUGGAAAUGACAAUAACUUUUUAUUACCCAACCCUUGAGUUGUUUUGUUUUUCAUUUACCCAACCUUUUAGUUACUCAAAAUUUAGUUUACCCAACCCUUUUCUCUUCGGUGCCAACCCCCGCCAUAAAUAAUGACCGGUCCCUUAUUUUAGUGUACAGAAGCCAACCACAACGCCUGUCCAUUUUAGCUUCAUCUUUACCGCAAGGAUUUUAUAUAGUUUAAUAAUUAUUGAAAAUAUUGGAUGUACAGUAGUUGGACUGUACAGUAGUUGGAUUGUACAUGUAAUUGUAAUAUAGUUUGUAAAAGAAAUAUUAAAUGUGCCAAAUUGUCAUAUAAAAC